AUGAGUUGGUCUUCUUAAACAGACUCAUAAGUCAACAAUAUAGACAAUUUAGAUUGGUAUAGCAGUUUUUUUUAGAAUGACUAUAUGGAGAAUAAUUAUAUCGAAGAGCUGAAUUAGCAAGAAAUUUCAAAUCCACUUACAUGCAAGCAUGAUAUCAAUGCAAAUUAGGUCAAUUCUACUAAAUUAAAUUCUUCUAUUCAGUAAAAUAUAUACACGAUACAAGAAGAGUCUUAAGAAAAUAUUCAAAAUCAAGCCUCAAAAAAAAAUUUAAGCACAUUUAACACUCCAAGAAACAAAUCACAAGUUAAUGAUAUUCAGAAUUUAGUUCAUGAUUACUAAGAUAAUUCAAACUAAUUGUAAAAAACUAAUUCCAAAUUCAUUUUACAAAACAAUCAAAGCGAAGAUUUAGAAAUUCUAAGUAAAGACUUAGAAAUUUAAAAGUAAAACACUGAUGAUACAGCUAAAAAUAAGGAUGAAAGCUAAAUAAAGCAAAAUUUUAGCUAAAGUAGAUUAAUAUUAGUAGAAAAUAAAAAUGAAGAAGAAAUCAUUCAGAAAGAAGCAGAUUAGUAGAAAUAAAGCAGUAAAUAAUAAGAUGAUUAUAUUUAAGAAGAAAUUCAAUAAAAAGUAUCUUGCUAUUAACCUUAAUAGUAAUAAUAAAUAACAGAAAUUAAUCAUAAGGAAAAUGAAAUAGAAUUACAUAUCAAGAAAAAAAACAGUUCAAAAAAAAUGUAGUAAUAAAACAAAGAUUUCAUUUUAGAUUGCUUUAUUCAUAUUCCCAGCAAAGUAUAAAAGUAGAAAAAUGGGGAAUGCCAGAUGAGUGAGAAAAAAAAAGAUGUUUAAAAAGAAGAAAAUACAUUCAUUAAAAAACAAAAUCUUCAUCAAAAUUUAAUCUAAAUCAAUUAGUAUUUUGAUGGAAUGAAAUUCAAUUUGCAAAAGAGCUUUACAUUUAAGACUGAUGAAAAAGAAAAUUGUAAACUAAAUUAUGUCAAAGCUAACAUAAAUCAAUUAAAGUCAUAAAUUAAUUUUGAUAAUGAAAAGUAAUCUCAGAGCAGCUAAUUGCAUUAAAAAAAUACUUGCAAUCUUAAUCUAAAUAACUAAAAAGUUGAAUAAAAAAAAGAAAAAAGUCAAAAAAUUGAAAUUUUUGAAAAAAAUAUUUUAUAAGCCUAAAACAAAGAUGUAAAUAUUUUUUUACCUGAACUGGUGUUUGAAAAAAGCCAAAAAACCAAAUAAAAAAGGAUGCCAAAUGAAGAAAAUGGCAACUAUUUUUCGUAAAUUAACAUUAAAAAACAAACAAAUUAGGAUUAAAUAAGAGAAAAAACUAAAAGCUAAACAUUCAAAGAAAAAUCAAGUUAGAAUGAGUUCCAUAUUAGUAAGAAUUUAAAUUUUGAUAAUAUUUUUAAUGAGAAGGCAAAAAGAUCUGAAAUAUCCUUUAAAUUUUAGAAUGAAUUUCAAAAUUUAAGUUAAGACUAAAAAUGUUUACAAAUAAAUAAUUUGGAUUUUAGAAAUAAAAAUUUAUUGAAAACUUUAAAGAAAUUUCAAGAUUAAUUCAGUUCAAUAAAUGAUCGGCUAGACUCUAUUCUAUAAAAAAGUAUAGAGUAGAAAUGGGAAGCACAGUACCUUUAAGAAGAGAAAAAUAACAUCACUAAAGACAUUCAUGAUAUUACAUAAAUUAUUAAAAAAAUAAUUUGA